AUGGACACCCAGAGCUAUCCAGACUCUCCCAUGGAGCAGGAUGAGUCCUACCCAUGCAAGGGCUGUGGAGAGACACUAGAAGAGGGGAAAGCCUUUGAGCUUGCUGGAAACAGGUGGCAUAUCGAUUGUUUUCGUUGCAGCACCUGCAGCACCCUCCUCGACUCAGACGCACACCUCCUCUUGUUAGGCGAUGGAUCCCUUAUCUGCAGCAACUGCACGUACAGCUGCAGCUCCUGCAACAACAAGAUUGAAGAUUUGGCCAUCUUGACUGGAGAUCAGGCUUUCUGCGCUCAAUGCUUCAGAUGUCGAAACUGCAAGAAGAAGAUUGAGAACCUCCGUUAUGCGCGUACCUCACAAGGAAUCUUUUGUAUGGAUUGUCAUGAGUCUUUAAUGGCGAGACGAAGAAAACGAAAAGCCGGCGCCACUACUAAGAAGCCAACCGGGCCUAAUGUGAAGUUGGAUAAGUCAUUGCCCUCCUUGCCUCCAAGCAUGGAGGAGGCCUCAAUCAUGGAUGAAACACCGAGUGAAUACCAGGAGGGAAUGACGCCGGAUCCUGGCCGAAUGGUGGGAACACCGGAUGCGAAUGAGAGGCCGGAGAGCUCGGCUUCAAACUUGGCAGCAGACAAUGAUAAUCUCAUUCUCCCAUCUAGCACAUACCGAAGCAGUCGGCAGUCAAUGGUGCGGAAUACUGAUGCAGACGGUGGUGAACUACUGAUCCCUCUCGCCUUUGAUCCUUCUGCAGAAGGUCGUUCUUCUCGUGGACAUUCGCAAACACGACAAGAGCCUCCCCGUGACUAUUUCAGUCAAGUCAGAUCGGGUGAAUCAUCGCAUAGGGCCUCUCACGACGAACGUGAAUAUCUCCAAGAGCCUCAGUCUCGUGCCUCUUCCGAAAACCCGUCUCCUCACAUUGCCUACCAGGAGAAGGGCUGGGAACGAAGUGACAGUGUCUCCAACGACAGACCUCCACAGACCGCUGAUUCAUCUCGGCCUGCACGGUCGAGCUCCAAGCGCAAUUCCACCGACAUCCCUAUCAGCUUCAGAGAAAUCAGUAACUUCUCCGAAGCCACCAGUCCCGGUAGUAUCGGAUCAAAGGAAGCCUCUAGUGAGACAAAACGACAGGUUCCCUUAGACAGCAUCACUUCAGCACCGGCUCGUCCAUCGAACGAACUUCGACGUCUCCACGAUAAUGGCUCUAUGGACUCUGCCCGCUCCCAGCCCUCCAAUCUCCCCCAUUUGCCCAAGCGGGGUGAUUCUCUUGAAGGCAGACACCAUCAGCUUCCUAGAAAGGAGGUCGGAUCAUCUCCUGCCUCGUCGCAAUAUGGAGACUCCCCAAUGCUGCGGAGUGAUACAUUCCAACCUCCUCAGCCCGCUCCAUUGAACACAUCUUCCCUCGAUUCGCACUCUCAACUGGAUGGUGCGGGCUCGCCAUCUUUGCUACGUUACAACAGCGGUGGUGACUUCUCCAUGGAUGAAGAAUUGUCUCGAAUCAUUGGCGGCGAUGACCCUGUUGGACGAGAGAGUGAAUCCUUCUUGCGUCGUGUUUCGAACUCGGUGCGCCAUGGUCGUAGUUACAGCGAGAAGAGUCUACGUGGAGCAAGAGACAUCAAGACUCCCGUGUCUCCCGCCAAUGGAAGCCAAGCUGGCGCCAGCAUCGGGAGUCCCGCAGGUUCUCAGGCGGAGGAAAUUUCCUGGCUCCGCAAUGAAUUGCGCAAGGAACGCCAGCGCGUCGCGGAGUUGGAAGCAGCGACUCGUGCCACGGCCAAUGUCAAGCAAGUCAACACCGAGCUGUCUGAGAAGCGCUCUACUAUGGUAGUCCUCGAUGCCCAGCGUGAGAUUGUCCUGCGUGAGCUCACUGUCCUCACCGAUCACAUGGAAGCGGAAAAGCGUGGUGGAAGUAGUGGACCUUUGGAUCUUGGAAAACUCUCAAACCAUGUGUUGCGGGAGUUGGCCGAAUCAAUUCAAAAAUUGAAGGAUUCCUAUUCCCCACAGAUCGAAGAACUUAUUCAGAAGCGCAAUGACCUCACCGAGGAACUUGAGUCUAUGCUCAGUCAGAAAGAAAAGAUCUUCCAGGAGUUUGAGCAAUUGUCGUCAAAGAACGCACAAUUGGCUGAGCUCAACAACCAGCUUGUUCAUCAGAUUCAAGAACUCUACAAGGCCACCGAGGGUCAACCCCGAUCCAACGGUCUAGGCAUUUCUCACAACAAGGAGAAAUCCACAACUUCCAUUGAGGCUCUGAAGCCCGCCUACAAUGAUCUCCAACCCUCCAUUUCAACUGCGCACAUCGCAGAAGAAUCCGAACCUGCCACCGCCACAGUCGUUCCAGGCCCUCAGGUUGUUAGUAUUCGUAAGGGACAACCCCGCAAGUUCAACUGGAAGAAGGGUGGCCAGAAUGUUGCCAAGGGUGUGAAGGGUCUCAAGGGAGCCCUCAUGGGUACCGAAGGAGAAGCUGCCGGUGGUCUUCCACGUUCCCAGACUCAAGAUCCAAGUCGUCAAGGGUUUGGAUUUUUCGGAAACCAGAGACACAAGCAGGGAGGAAAGAUGUCUCAAGCUGACAGUGUGCCAGCGUUGGCGGAAGUUGCCAGUGAUGCACUCUUCGGUGUUGAGCUCGAGGCCCGCAUGGAGCACGAGAAAAGCAUCAUCCCCGCCAUUGUCACCAGGUGUAUUCAGGAAGUUGAGCUCCGAGGAAUGGACAUGGAGGGUAUCUAUCGCAAGUCAGGUGCCGCUUCCGCUAUCCAAAUUAUUCGCGAAGGCUUUGAACGCUCUCCCUUCGAUUACGAUAUCUCUGACCCUGACCUUGAUAUCCAUGCUGUCACUUCUACUUUGAAGCAGUAUUUCCGCAAGCUUCCUAACCCGCUGGUCACCUUUGACGUGUAUGAACUUAUCAUCGACUCUGUCGAGAUCCCUUCCACUCAGGGACGCAUUGAACUUAUGCAGAAGAGUCUGUUGGAGUUGCCGCGUGUUCACCGUGACGUCCUGGAGUUCCUCGUCUUCCAUCUUAGACGUGUUGUUGAGCGUCACGAGGAGAACCUAAUGACCAGCCAGAACGUCGCUGUGGUCUUCGCGCCAACCAUCAUGCGCCCUGAGUCUCUUGCCCGCGAGAUGACUGAUGUCCAGAAGAAGAACGAUGUCCUCAAGUUCCUGGUGGAGAACUGUCAGGAAAUCUUCAUGGGCAUGCAAGGCUAA